AUGGCCUCACUACCGGUAGAAGCACCCAAGCCAAUAGCGCAUCGUCGUCUUCUCGACGCUUCUGAUGGACUCCAAGCACAACGCCGUCGGUUUAGCGCAGCGCGCAGCGAACCAGGAGACAUAGAAGGGGGGCGUUCGCUGUCGAUUGCCGAGCCUACACUACUAGCACUCGUUGGUCCUCCCUGCGCUGGGCUGGCUGGGGGGUUCCCGACAAUGGUGCUCGAAAGCACAGACGUUGCUGCACUGUGCGGCAGAGGGCCAUGCGCAUGUCAAAAGGCAGAUCUUGUAACGCUAUCUUGGCUGACCUUGCUGUUGUCGUCUCUCUCCAUGUCUGUCAUCGUUGUCGCCGGCCUGCUGACUGGGGAGAGAAUCAGGCUGGCUGGCUGGCUGGUUGGUCUGAUCAGGUCUGGGUCAGCGGAUUCUGUCGCGUCUUGUCUUGUCUUGCCUUGCCUUGCUUUGCUUUGCUUUGCCUUGCGUUUCCACAUCUCGCAGGAAACCCGCUUUGCUCAUCUGUCCCUCGUGUGCGGCGUGCGGCGUGCGGCGUGCGACUGCCUUCUCCGCGCCGGCCCCGCUGCGAACCCUAUUCCCCGUCACAAUCGCGGCAAGGUGGUGGCUGGUAGGUGGGCGCUGCAACUUCCAAAUUGGUCCUUUGGAGCAACAAGUGGUGGACACCACGGCAGGAAGAACCAUGAACGGUUUGUGGGAAAGAAAGCCGACUUCACGGAUAUAAUACGACUAUCAUCAUUCAUAACCUUCCAAUUUGCUCAGUUGCGUAACAUGCGACGGCGGCCAUUUCCAGUUAUUUGUUCGACAUGUUGUUAUCGUGAUCGGACUGUUCCCAACGCGGCCGGUCUUGCCUACAAUCUCGCUCAAGUUUCCAUUCGUGACAUGGUCGACCUUCAGGUCUAUCCAGCCCAGGAAGGAAUCGUCGACAAUCCAUGUCCCUCCCACGUAGCAAGUGCCCUGCUCACUGGCGGAGGACAGACUGACUACUUCGAUGUCCUUCAAUUCGGACUUGCCAAGGGUAAGGCAGUCCACUCCCUGCUGCUUCCUGAUCCGAGAGCGGACUACCUACCUUACGGCCGGCCAGUUCAUCAACCACAUUUCUUUUUUCUCAUCGUUUCAGUGUCUCAUGCCCACCGACCCCUCUCCAACCUAUCGCACGCCUCCACGCUCUUCUGCCGAUUGAAGGGGCCUCACCUUGCCUCUUCGAAUCGCCCGUCACCGUCACCGUCUCUGCCUCCUGAGCGGUCUAGGGUGCGCAACGCGCACAACGACAACCACAGCGACAGCCAGACUGACAGAGUCGCUGGGCUUGUGCCAAUUGCCAGAGAAUCGAGCCAAGAUACCUCUCUCUCCGCCAAUUCGCUGCAAGAACUUGAGACCAUCGGGGUCCCUUCGCUCUUCGACAUUCUGUCCUCAUCGACCCGAGUCUCUCUACUCGGAAAUUUGCAGCGACCUGUGUACGGUUACCUUCCCCUGGACGCAGCAAGGCAGGCAUGCGUUCCAGGGCUCAACUCAAAUGAAGAUCAGUCACCAGAGCUGCCAGGCACGUUGGCGAGCCUCAUUCAAUGUCUUCCCGAGCUUCCCGGGGAAUGCACUCGGGGCCACCCGUUGCACAAAUGCAUCGUGUUUUCACACAAUGAAGAUGAGCUGUGGUCUUGGUCUGCUUCAACCUACAAACGAGACAUCUGCGGACGCACGCCUUCGACUGCAUCAACCUCGAACCGCCUGCUCUUCCCAGCAUGGGCUGGUUUGUCUCUGGCCCCCGUCCUCCAAAUUGCCCUCACACUUUUUUUCUGGCGCAUCCGGACCCUCGAGUCCCGUCAUGGCCAGACCCAGGCGAGCGGACUACCCUCAACCCUGCUGGAGCCCCGAGUACGUGUACGGCGACACUUGUUCCCUCCAAAGCUCCGGUGCCGGGUCGCUCCCAACCACCUCGAGCAAACAUCGGCAUCACGGACCACAUCAGUCGUCUACUUUUACCUAGGUAAUAAGAGCGGCAAGCUGGUCGCAAAUGCCGUCUUAGCCUUCGGCCGGCGAGACAUUGUCGUAAGGAUCAGAAAACACGCACCACUGGUCGACUUGCGGACGGCCGCCGCCGACAAUAACCAACGGCUGCCAAGACUGGAAAAAGAAACACCGUCAAGCCCGCCUAUCCCUCUAGUCCAACUCGUCACGCAAGGUCCGAAGGUCGAGACUCCUGGCGCCUAG